GCGGAUAAAGUCCUCCGUCCGGAGGCGGGAGAAAAAGGAGCGCCCGGACACGGAGUGCGCGUGCGCACUGCGCUGUCCACAAGUCUCGCUCCGCCCUAAGUCUGUGGCGCUGACUAUCGCGACAGGACGAAAGCAUUAGGGUUCACCGUCCCGAGGAGGAGCCUCACUUAUUUUGGGGUGCUAUGAGUCUAACCCUACACCUUACGUUUAGUGUGUCUGACGGCUAUGUAAGGACGGGCGAUCUCCUUCCCGUCCGACUCCGCGUUCAACUGAGCCGACCCACAAACUAGGGCCAAGCAACAAGCCCCACCACGCGCAGGCGCAGCAGCCCUGUAGGGACUUCCGAGGUCGUUCCCUGAGACUUUUGUGGCGCUGGCUGCGGCUUCUGGGAGGACGGCGGCCGGGAGGCAGGGCGCGUUUUGGUUCGCGAGGAUCCGGGCGUCGAGAUGCGGUACAACGAGAAAGAGUUGCAGGCGCUGUCCCGGCAGCCGGCAGAGAUGGCCGCCGAGCUGGGCAUGCGAGGCCCCAAAAAGGGCAGCGUGGCCAAGAGGCGGCUGGUGAAGCUGGUGGUCAACUUCCUUUUUUACUUCCGCCCGGACGAGGCCGAGCCCCUCGGAGCCCUGUUGCUGGAGCGCUGCAGAGUGGCCCAGGAAGAGCCGGGUGGCUUCUCUAUCAGCUUCGUGGAAGACCUCAGCAGGAAAUACCACUUCGAAUGCUGUAGCCAAGAGCAGUGUCAGGAGUGGAUGGAGGCUCUGCAGCGGGCCAGCUAUGAAUACAUGCGGCGGAGCCUCGUCUUCUACAGGAAUGAGAUCAGGAAGAUGACUGGCAAGGAUCCCCUGGAGCAGUUUGGCAUCUCCGAGGAGGCCAGGUUCCAGCUGAAUAGCCUGCCUAAGGAUGGACGGACUGCUUGUAUUGGCUCCCAGUUAGAUGUGUUGGACUGACCCUCUCUGGGCCCCUGGCUACCCUGGGAAGCUUUUUUUUUUUUUAAAUAGGUUUAAAUACAUCUGUUCAAAGGUCCAGAGGAGGUGGGCAGGGUCUGUGGUCCUCGUUCUCCAUGCCAUCUCCCCUUGAGUAUGUACAUCCAGGGACUGAUGUACAGCUCCCCUGUCCAUUGCCAGAUGAAUGUACAAUGCUAGUUAACACUGUGAACCCCAUUCCUGCUGAUAGAGCAGGCCAUGGUUGCCCGCGUUCAGUGCUGAGCCCACUCUUCAAUAAAGGUACCUCUUUUUUGAGCCA